GUGUGUGUGUGUGUGUGUGUAUCCUGAGCUGCUAUUCGUCCUGUGUACUAUAUCUGACUCUGACAUCAUUAUUAUAGGCCGACCGGGAAGAUAUGUGCGCACUUCCCUUUAAGACGCGUCUGCCAUCUGGCCGUUAAUGGAAAGUCAUUCGGGCUGUUGUCUGCGGUGCAGGAGAUCUGUUCCAGCUGGCCCGAGGAAGGAAAAAAACACUGUAGUACCAUUUUGUGUCGGCCGAAAAGCCCAGGAAGGAAGGGGCGAGGACAGGCUCCGCCGAGGGAGACGGAAAUGAGAGGGGGGUGUCCAACGAGGAAAGCCUAUCCCUUUAAGAGCAAGUGGGACACAGCGGUGCGAGAAAAGGAGAGGAGGGGGAGAAGAAAGAGGAAUUAAAAAAGAAAAGGAAGAAAGAGACAGGGAGGGAGGAGGGAGAGCGGGCGAUAAAAAAAGAAAGAUGACAUCCUCACAGCUGAACGGCCGAGGUGGAGCGAUAGGCUGCGGCCCGGCGAGAGCGCCGCUCGCCGGGGUCAGGGCUUGAAUCCAACAACGAGGCUUCGACAAACACCCGAUUGGCCUAUUGGGGGAAAUCGGAAAAAUAGAUUCAUAAAUUAAAAACAAAGCAUGACCUGUGCUACCAGAUACGUGUUUUAUAACCCAUAUUUGUUCUCUUGCGUAAAAAUGCAUUUAUUUCACGUAGAGUGGCUUAUGUUUAUUGCUAAAAUGUAAUAGUGUAAAAUGCGAUUUUUUUGGGGGGGGGAUUUUUGAAAGCAGUUUUGUUGUGUGAUAUUGCGUUUUGGUGAGGUCAGUGUUUAAUGAAUUAAAGUUAGAAACCAAAGUGAAAGAGAAACAGGCCAUUAUUGGAGCUGGCCUGCUCCACCACUGCCUGUGUGCUGCAGCCUGCGUUAGACAACAGCUGCGUGCAUUUUAAUUGACAGCAUUAGGCUGACUCAAAGAAAAAAAACAUUUUUGCAGAAGACUUUAUUCACGUUUUUCAAGCAAAUCCAGAAGCCCGUCGUUUCUGCUGCAGGACAGGCGACUGUUUGCGCCUCGAUCACUGGUGGGCCGAUCAAAGCCAUGCAUAGGCUGCUCGCCUCGAUCUCAAUCAGGAGCUGACUUUAUAAUCUCCCUCGCUGUGGCGCAAAAUGGAUGCUGCUUGGAGCAAUUUUCUCUUCCAGAAUACUCCCACCCAAAACCAAGUGGAGGGGAGCCUCCAAUCAGAGCUCAUGCCCGUGCAUACGAGUUCUCCCCAAACCCCACCCACAGAGCACAUAGCACAGCCUCCUUCAACUGUGGACACUGCUGCUCUUAGUGAGGAACCCCUGCCUGUGAAGCCGGUGUCUCGGCCGGCCCGCAUGCCCCACAUCUGUGCCAUCUGCAACAAGCAGUUCAAGAACAACUACAACCUGCGGCGGCACCAGUCGGUCCACACUGGGGUACGCAUGAAGGACAGGGCCAGAGAGCAGGCGGAGGGGGCAAAGGAGGCCGGCCAGGUGGCGGUGGCGGCCCCGUCGGCGAUGGCGGUGGGGGCCGGAGGGAGGGCGGAGAGGCCCACUGUUCCCCUCUCUCUGCUACACCUCUCCGCACCUCCCCCUCUCGCCCCUCCCGGCGUGCUGGCGGGGGCCCAGCAGCCUCACCUGGGUAGUCAGGAUGGUGAAGGGGUUGCCAUGCCAAACGUAAUGGCUAGUGUUAACCCCCAUGUUCCGCCUCCUGCUGCUGUCGUCAUGGCCACAGGGGCGACAGUACAGCGGCCCGCAAAUCCCAACCCAAACCCAGUGAGGAAGAACCACGCCUGCGAGACAUGUGGGAAGGCUUUCCGCGACGUUUACCAUCUCAACCGCCACCGCCUGUCCCACUCGGACGAGAAGCCGUUCUCCUGUCCCAUCUGCCAGCAGCGCUUCAAGAGGAAGGACCGCAUGAGCCACCAUGUGCGCUCCCACCAGGGUGGUGUGGAAAAACCCUACGUCUGCCCCCACUGUGGCAAGGCUUUCUCCAGGCCCGACCAUCUAAACAGUCACGUCAGACAGGUGCACUCCUCGGAGCGACCCUUCAAAUGCCCAACCUGCGAGUCCAGCUUUGCCACGAAGGAUCGUCUGCGUGCGCAUAUGAUUCGCCAUGAGGAGAAGGUCCCCUGCCACAUCUGUGGCAAGCUCCUGUCUGCUGCUUACAUCACAGAUCACAUGAGGGUGCACAACCAGUCACAGCACCACGCCUGCCAUCUCUGUAACCGCAGCUUCACCACACUGACAUACCUUCGUGUCCAUGCCCAGAAGCAUCAUGGCCAGGAGUGGAAGGACAGUCCGGGGGGCUUUGGCGGAUCGGCCUCUGGUGGCGUGCUUGUCUGCCACUUGUGCGGCGUCCACUGCAAGACACCCACCCAGCUCCAGGGCCACAUGGGCACCCAUGGCAACAGCCAGGGUGCCCCGAGCCCCAUCACCUCUAAUGUGGCUGCCAGCAGCUCUGUCUCCCUUAGCAACAUGGUGACAGCACCUACUGUGUAUGUCACUGGUAACACGGUGGUGGACCUGCUUGUCACAGACUGCUCUAGCAUUGCAGCACCACAGUCCCACAGUUAGCAGUAGAGAGCACAGCAAUAAUAACCUCAGUCCCUUAACAGAGGGCAGGGUUAGAGAAGGUUAAAGUUACGCAUAGAUGCUGAUCCAGUUUCAGUUUUGUAAUGUCCCCACUUAUAGGUUGGGAUUAAGGGUGGGGGAGAUUAACACCAGUCAGCGUUCAAGGGCAGCAUUACCUCAGAGCUGCAGAGCUGGAGCAUCAGAAAAAAGGAGAAAAAGGAAGAGCUGUAUCAAUAGAGCAAUGAAGUCAUGGAAAGAGGGACCUUUGUGGCUGCAGCAGGUUCAUCAACACUAACGACAAACAUGGAUGUGUUGUCCAAAUAUUCCUGAAUGCUCGCGCGCAUUUAAGACUCCAAUGAACCUGUGGUAUUGUGAGCAUCUACUGUAUUACUCUCCCCUCUCUGCCCUCUCUCUCUGUCCCUCCCCUCAACCCUGACAUUGGCUGCUCUCUGCAAGUGCACCAAGUACUGUAUCUAUAUCUCACACCAGCUCUGAUCUUACCUCCAUUUUGCAGCUCACUUACUAAGAAUCCAAAUGGCUUGCGUUAAGAAGUAGUAGGGAGAGAAUAGCUCUCUGAAAGCAUAACGAAGAAACACAUUAGAAGGGAAGUUGUGUGUUUGGGUGUGCGUAAGUCGGGGCUCCUCUAGCAUGUUAGCUUGUUUGUUCACAAAACUAAAAUCAACAUUUGAUUUUUGCAAAGCCGUGAUGCCAGUUUAUUAAGUCUCUAGAGAGCUAAUUAUAGAUCAGGACAGAAGGCCAUACAUGUUGUGGUCAGUGUGGAAUUGUGGGAUGUACUUGUUCAUUUGUUUCCUAAAGGUACAGAGAUAAGAAUAGAGUUGUGUUCAGGAGUGUCAAGCACCUUAAAGUGUUAUUGUUUGAUUCAGUGAGGAUCAAAAAUGGGUUUGAGAUUUCUUGGAUUUUCUUGCUCUGAGUCUUCCUCUCUGGGUCCGGCCAUUAAAAAAACAAAACAAAAAAACUGCUAAUCAACACUUCAGCUUCUGACAUGGCAAUUCUUGCACCUGGAAACUACCUUUUGCAUGAAAAUAAGCAAAUAAGCUAGCUCAGUCAUGCUUAUUGUUAGGGAGCUGUCAUGACAAAAGAGACUUUUUAGCAGUUCCACAAAGUUAGUUGGCUGUAAACAAUAAUAUUUAUAAAAGUGUUGAUUUAAUUCAGACAAUUUUAAUAUCGUUGGCCAUUCAUUUGAUUGUAACUGUCAUUGCCAUAGUCCUUUUGUUUUCUCUAUGUACCAGUCCAAUGAGUGAAACUCAUGCAUUAGAUUUUGUCAUUUAACAUCUGUAUAGCACAUAAUGUUUUGAAUGCGAGUCAUUAUCGUUCUACAUUAAUCAUGUGAAGAAUGGUCACUUGUCUGUCGGAUAUUUUCGGUUGCUUUGAGUUAUAUUGUGAGUGAUGUGGUGUCGAGAAAGGGCUUAUAAAGUCAUAAGUCAGGCAAAAUAAGUACAAUGGGAGUUUGACAACACCACGUGGUAUGCUGUAAACAAAUCCUGGUUUUGUACUGGAGUGCUUUUUCAGUUUUGUGUUAAUAUGUUACCUUGAAAUUUGUAGAGUUGUUCCUUUCUUCCUUUUCUUUCGAAAUGUGUUCCUCCUGUUGAGAAAAGUAGUGAUUUAUUAAAAACUUAAUUUUAGGUUUUCUCCAUUACACUAAGAAAAAAAUAAUACCUCUACUCUAGGAUUCUGUACAGCUCUUGUGAUACAUCUUAAUGCCUUAUUGUACUCAACUGCAUUUUAAUUCUUUUAUGAUGAAAUAUUUCAAAUCUUAGUCAUGGAUUCAUUAAGAAUAUUAAUGGGAUGUAUUUAUAUUUAUAUUUUUAUAUUUCUCAACAGUAUGCAUGUCUAAAAGGUUAUUAGAGCAAAAAAAAAUUCAAUGAUGCUUACUACAGUCAUAAUUCUUAUGUUAUUUUGUAGAUGAAGUAGAGAUCAUGUUAUUAUUUUGUAAUUUGGACAAUUUAAAGUAAAAAGAGUAAACAGGUA